AUGGCAAGAACCCAGAAUUCUUUGCGUCUGGAGAAUCUCCCGACUUCUGGACCUUUUCUUCUAAUUGUCAAUGCCAGAGCGUGUGGUAUCCUGGAAAUCACGGCAGUGGAGGUUGGAAUUGUGGCCAUAAAGGGGCUGUUUUCCGGGCGCUAUCUGGCAAUGAACGAACGGGGCCGGCUUUAUGCUUCGGAGAGCUACAACGCCGAGUGUGAGUUUGUGGAGCGGCUCCACGAGCUGGGCUACAACACCUACGCCUCCCGCCUGUACAGAACCGCGCCCGGCGGGCCCGGGGCCAAGCGCAAAGCCAGCGCCGAGAGACUCUGGUACGUCUCCAUCAACGGCAAAGGCCGACCCAGGAGGGGCUUUAAGACCCGCCGGACCCAGAAAUCUUCUCUCUUCUUACCUCGAGUCCUGGACAGCAAAGACCACGAGAUGGUCCGGCUCUUCCACACCAGCGUCCCCUACAGGGAAAGCCUCCGGCAGCCGGCAGACAAGAGUGAGAGAAAGAGGCGGCAGGAGCACUCCCCGGUUCUCGAGGCGGGAGGGGAGACCGCCCCCACGGAGGCUCCCUCUCUGAGGGCCUCAGCCCCUCCCGGGACGGUCUGACCAGGGCCAGCCGGAGGGGACGGCUCGUCCAGUUCCUCACUCCUAGGACUCUUAGACUCCUUCGCGGUGGCUCCCAAGGGCCACAUCCCUUGAGGCACAUGAAGUGGUGAGCCGGCUCCUCCGGGGUUUUCUAUCUCAGUAUCUAUACAAAUUGAAUUUAAGGCCCGUAGCUUCUCACAGUGUAUUUUGGACUUCAUGCGCUCUGUCCCCUCCCGGGUGUCCCAGAAGGCCUCAACCAUUCCCUUCUGUUUCCAGGAAGUAGGUCGUCUGUUUGGCAAAUCGAGAGGGGAAUGGUGGACGGGGAGCCGUGGGUUUGUUUGGGGAGAGAAAACAGGGAACAGGUUUCCGUUGAAAUAACUGUGUAUUUCUCUUGAAUUGCGUUUUGAUGAACCCUCAAAAUCCAUCUUGUCUCUCCCCAGAAUCAAGAAUAGGUAAGGCCCCUUAGCUUGCUGGGGAAGGCUCCCCGAUUGGCUGGCUGUGGCCCAGCUCCAACUCCUUCCCCUACACCCUGCCCACUCUCAUCCUGUGCUGUCUUCAUGCACUUUUCUCGGCCAGAGGCCCUCCUCCUGUUCCUCUGCCAUCCUAGGGCUGCCAGGGCCCCACCCGGUCUCUUGUCCCAUUCUCCCACCUGAGCAGCCUGAGCCACUUCCUUCUCUGCACACCCUCCAGCGCGUCAUUUAAGCCAGAAAUAGAUGAUUCCCUCCCAGCAGCAAUACACGUGGGUGAACACUUUGGGUAAUCGGUAUUUGUUUAAUGAAAUCAUUAAAAAGACCUUG